UCAGAACUCCUCUCUCCAUCCAGCUCCUCCUGCUUUGGAUUAGAGUUGAAUCAGGACCGAAGUGUCUCCUCUCAGUCCAGAAGGUUUCCAGAGGCUUGUUCAGGGCCAGCUUUACGCUGCAGAAUGGCAGCUCUGUUCUGUUUGACUCUGAUGGUUGCUGCACUUCUGCUUCCUCUCAGAACUGAUGCUGCAGGUCAGAACCCAGACCAUGUUUUGCUGGGGGAGAGUGGGAAACCUGAGGCCCGGCGGACUGGUGAGGACUCAACCAUCGCACCUGAGGACUUGCCUCGAUUCCUGAGCUGCUACUGCUCAGGACACUGUCCCGAUGACGCCACCAACAACACCUGCCAGACCAAUGGUCAGUGCUUCGCUAUCAUUGAGGAGGACGAGCAUGGAGAUGUUCUGCUCACCUCCGGCUGCAUGAAGUACGAAGGCUCCCACUUCCAGUGCAAGGACUCUCCCAACGCUCAGACCAGGAGAACAAUUGAGUGCUGCGACACACAUUUCUGUAACGAAGACUUGAGGCCCACCCUGCCGCCGCGGAUUCCCAUCGAGAGCAGCUCCCAUUGGCUAGCCUUCCUCAUCUCCAUAACCGUCUGCUGCUGCACUCUGAUCUGCAUCACCAUCGUCUUCUACUACAGAUAUAAGUGGCAGUCUGAACGUGAGCGGUAUCCUAAAGACGUGGAACAGGAAGUCUUUAUCCGAGGAGGAGAAUCGCUCAAAGAUCUCAUUCACCAGUCUCAGAGCUCCGGCAGUGGCUCAGGGCUCCCCCUGCUGGUGCAGAGGACCAUCGCCAAGCAGAUCCAGAUGGUUCGUCAGAUUGGAAAAGGUCGCUACGGCGAGGUGUGGUUGGGCCGCUGGAGAGGCGAGAAGGUGGCCGUCAAAGUCUUCUUCACCCGUGAGGAGACCAGCUGGUUCCGUGAGACUGAGAUCUAUCAGACGGUCCUGAUGAGACACGAGAACAUCCUCGGCUUUAUUGCAGCAGACAUCAAAGGCUCAGGCGCCUCCACGCAGCUCUUCCUCAUCACCGACUACCACGAGAGCGGCUCUCUGUACGACUACCUGAAGCUGACCACGCUAGACGCUCAAACGCUGCUACGACUCGCCUACUCGGCCGCCUGCGGCCUCUGCCACCUGCACACGGAGAUCUACGGCACGCAAGGCAAGCCGGCCAUCGCCCACCGAGACUUGAAGAGCAAAAACAUCCUGGUGAAGAAGAACGGCACCUGCUGCAUCGCCGACCUCGGGCUCGCCGUCAAGUUCAACAGUGACACAAACGAGGUGGACAUCCCUCUGAGCACUCGAGUGGGGACAAGGCGCUACAUGGCCCCCGAAGUCCUGGAGGAGAGCCUCAACAAGAAUCACUUCCAGGCCUACAUCAUGGCCGACAUCUACAGCUACGGCCUCAUUGUGUGGGAGAUGACCAGACGCUGCGUCACUGGAGGUAUUGUGGAGGAAUAUCAGUUGCCAUAUUACGACACGGUGCCCUCUGACCCCUCCUAUGAAGACAUGCUGGAGGUGGUUUGUGUUAAAGGACUUCGGCCGACAGUAUCCAAUCGUUGGAACAGUGACGAGUGCCUUCGAGCCAUGCUGAAGCUGAUGUCAGAGUGCUGGGCCCAUAACCCCGCCUCCCGACUCACCAUCCUUAGAGUGAAGAAGACGCUCGCCAAGAUGGUGGAGUCCCAGGACAUCAAGAUCUGACCCCGCUCCUCUGUCCUCUGCCUCCUACACACGUGUCCAUCUCUCUGAACUCUAACCAAAUCAGACUGAACCGGUUCUCCCAGCCCGCCUCCUUCAUCGGGAGGAGGAAGAGAACGUGGGAGAAAAGAGAAAAUAACCUUCCUGAGAGCUGAACUGUGUUUCUCCUUCACUUCCACAGAGUUCUUCAUAUGGAACAAAACAUCUGGGUUCAACGCUUUCUGUGAAAGCCAAACAUGACGAUAAAUACCAUUUGACUGGGACGAGAGGAACAGAGAAAAGCAGCCAAUUUUAGUUUUCAUUUUUUAUUUUCAGGAUUGAGUUCUCCUGCCAUAAAGGAAUAUAUCUCCAUCUUCUAGUAGGUUCUUUCUGAACUGAACAAGGUACUCUGAGAAGAAGUGGACUGAAACGUGUAAAUAAUGUUGGUUAGACACUCGGCUUCACCUGAGAGCUCCGUGGAGUUCAGCCAACUCCUCCAAGAGACGUCUGCCGUCCAGUUUGUCUGUCCACUUCCUGUUUGUCUGUCUCACGGAGAUCCUGUGGUACGUAUAGGGCGGAGCUUCUUGGCAGGGCGGGGCUACAUAUCCAGCUCCACCCAUGAGCUAAUAGAAACCACCAGGAGUUUCUUUGGGGUGGUUACAUGUUGCAGUAGUGAACACCUAAUAAUUCCUUAUUUUGUGUUCUGUUCAGAAUUAAACGCCUUCAAACUAAAACUACAUAAUAAAAUAAUGUUGCAGAAUUUUCUGGCUAUAUGCUUAAAGAUUGUGAAUGAGAAGUGAAAAGGAAAAUUUAAGAAGAAAAGUUGAAUCUUCAGUUAGCAAGAAUAAAGAGCCCUGCAGAAUUUAUCAGGAAGCCCCAAUCUAAAAGAUUUGCACCCAUAAUUGUGUAGUCACGUGACCUACGUUCUCACCUGGCACAGAACUUUAAAUAUUUAAUAUCAAGAAUAUUUUAUAAUGAACUGGUUCAGCACAGCAAAGAAAAUACACCUUAUAAACACUCCAAAAGUAUUAAAAUUGAUAUUCUGAUAUAAAAAAAAAGGAACAUUUGUUUCUGUUUCGGUGCACCUAGGCUAACAGUUGAUCUUCAAGUCUAGUCUACAGUGAUGCUUUAAAGUUUGUGAACUCUUUAUAAUUUUCCAUAUUUCUGCAUAAAAUAUGACGUAAAACAUCAUUAGAUUUUCACAUAA